AUGCGUUGCGAUUAUUGUAGCGCCGGCAACAGCACCAAAAACAAAUUCGGUUUGCAGAUGUGCGAGAAUUGUUCUCUUCAGAUUUGCCGCAAGUGCAUUGAGAAUGGAAUGCUGGAGAAAGACGAAAAGCACCGAAUGGAUGCCCAAACCUUCGACGGUCUGAAGUGGAGGGAUUCUGCCCAGCCUCAACGUUCCCAGAAACGCAAGGCGGCCGAAGUCACCGAGUCUGCGCCUCCCAACACGACCCGACGAGAACAGCACCAGAAGAAGCCUCGGAACCCCCUACCCCCUCAGGGCUCUCAUCCAUUUGGUGACCAGCACGGGCCUGCUAUUCAUGGAAAUGGAUCUCAGGACCCGAGAGUUUGGCAGCAAAUGAAUCCUCGCUCCAGCGGCGAUUUCAACACGCCCGUUGAUAACUAUCAGUAUGCCGGCCAUGGCCCCUCUUCGUACGGCCAGCUUCCCCCUGGAUACCCUUCCGGAGCUGCUCCAUUGCCGCCACAUGCUUUGCAGCAUGAUGUUGGAAUGUCUAGGCCUGGCCAGCACGGUCAACUCCAUAGCCAGGGAGGGCUCUCCAUGCCACCAGGACCAAUGUAUGGACACCACUUUUCUACCGCUCCUGGAUUGCAGCCGCAGCCUGAUCCUCGUUUCUAUGCUUUUGCUCAGCCAUUCCCUCCAAACGCGUACGUGAUCCCCCAGAAUUCUGGAGAUUACCAUGGAGUUUAUGCCCAGGCAUACACUCCAGCCCCAAUUCCUCAAGGCAUUGCUGGCCCGGGAUUCUACCACAGCCCUUCUCAGCAGCAGCCUCUUGAAGCCUCGAUGUACAAUGGCAGAGGAUACGUGCCGCGUGGCAACAUGCCCAAUACUCGACCUGCUCCUGGCCCGGCUCAGUACCUCAGCCAGCCCUACGGCGGAAGUCCACACCCUCGCGCUUCACCAUCUCAGGAGCCGCCCCAAGGCCGUGGACGGGAGAGCAGGCUCGCACAAGGCGGACAGAAUCCUCGCUCUGCCCAGUAUCCUCGAGAGGCUGGGGUUCGUACGCCAUUGUCCCAUGGGAACGCUGAGCAACCCUUUGGAUUCUUGAGAGUGCAGCAGCAACAGCAGCAGCAGGCAUGGGAGCAGGAGCAGCAACGGGCGCAACAAGCUAUACAGCAACUAUCGCAGCAACCCGUGCAGCAAACGAUCCGGCGAAAUGUAGAGGCCAUUCCCCAGCAGCAACACCAGAAGCAGUUAGUGGCUCAGGGAGCCACUCGGAUGGCGCAGCAGCAGGGACAACAGGCCCAAAAGCAAAAGCAGCAGCAACAGACGCGGGAGCAGAGACUAGAGCAGCAUGGGCAGCAACGGUCUCAACAGCAACCCAUCCGUCCCGUCACAGAGACCCGUGUUGUCAGUGGGCCUCCUCCCGUCACCACCUCGAGCCUUCAGGGUCUUCAGGAGUCACAGACGGCAGUCCCAGCUCCAGCACCACGGCAGGCGGGCCUGGAGACCAACAUCAUCGUCCAAUCAUCCCAGGUGCAGAGAAGAGACCACCAGCCUUCUCCGAACGUGGUGGACUACACGCAGCGGCCAUUCGGCAUCCCCGCGUUCGCCCGUGACCUUGCCGCCGGUCGAUCCAGCCACUACGACGAGACCGCAAGGCGCUGGGCCGGCUCCCCGCCGGGCCACGCCCAACAGCCACGAAAGCAGGGCAACGACGACGAAGACUACAUCAUAAUAAACGACGGCUGGCCUUAUUCUCCUUCUGAAGAGUCGGACGACAGCGACAACACAGACCAGAAGCAGCCCCUCUCGCGGGCGUCGCCCGUCGACUCGACGCUGUCGGCGGAGCUGGAUCAGGCCGCCAGCAAGCCCGGUGCCAAGAGCCUGCACGGCGAGCUGUUGGACGAUCCGGAGGUCGCGCGCGUGCGGCGCGAGGAGGGCGAGCAGGCUGCGCUGGCCCUGGCUGGUGCCGCCAACACGCUUCAUGGUGGCGGGCGCGGCCUCCACGGCGUUGCGGACGCCCAAGUUGUCGCCAAUGACCAGCAGAUCCAGCAGCGACAGGACGUGCUCAACGAGUACUUGCGUCAUGAGGAGGAAAGGCGCGGUGCUAAGCGGCAGAAGAAGGAAGGAGCCAACGGUGACGGUGGAGGAGGUGAUGUGGCCCGCGGUGGUGGUUCCGGACGUGGGGGCUCUCGUGGUGGUCCUUCUGGUGGUGUGGGUGUUUGA